AUGGAAACUACACAGUCAUCUGAUGAAGGAAUAAUUGUCACUUCAAACAGAACAGAAGACAAUGUUGAGAAUGAACACACAUCAACAACAUUGUUGAUUUUGGUCAAGGUUUUGGCAGUACUUGCAAUCUUUCUGUGCGUCUUACUGAAUCCACUGAUGCUUGUCACCUUACGUCGUGUCACCAGCAUCCAGCCAACAACCAAAAUAUUCAUGGCUUCUCUCACCCUGUCUGAUCUGUGCAACAGUUUAUGCUGGAUCCUUCUUUUAACAGAAUUGUUUGCUGGAUCAUGGUUGCUGGGGGAUUUUUUCUGUGUUGUAUAUGGUGUGACUUUUAACUUAUUUAAUGGACUGGGGAUUUUUUCUCUUUUAAUUCUGACUGUGGAUCGUUAUAUUGCCAUUUCACAUGCUCUACAAUACCCUUCAAUCAUGACUGUGUUCAGAUCAAAGAUAAUUGUGUUUAGCACAUGGGCUGCAGUGAGCAUUCUCUGCAUUUUGGUAUUUGGGAUUCAUGGGAGUCAUGUUGUCUCACUGGAUACUCCUCAUUACAUUUGCCUAGGACGAUAUGACUGGAGACUUUAUCUACCUUUUACACUUCUGGUUAUUACAAUUCUAUCAAUAUUCAUCCUGUAUGCAUGCAUCGCCCGGAUAGCUCGCAAUCAAGCCCGACGCAUUGCUGCUGAAAACCAAGCAGGCAAUGGUCAAGGUGGGCAAAGAAUAAACACCAGAUCAACCACCACCAUCAUCAUCAUAACAGGGACUUUAAUCAUCACCUGGAUUCCAACAGCCAUCGGGAUGCUGAUACCACGAAACACAUGGACACAGUACCUGGCAGUCAUGUUCAUGAAUGUUCUGCUGCUGUGCAAUGGCUGGCUGAAUGUUAUGAUUUACUACCUGAGGAAUAGGGAUCUCCGUCAGGCAAUGCGCACUUUACUAUCUGACUGGCAUAGAAGUCUGCAACAAAGAUUCUUGCAUUAA